CCCCCCCGGUGAGCCGCUCUCUGCCCCCCCAGCACUGCCCCCGAUGCCCCAGGGACCCCCCCUUCCACCCUCCGGCCCGGCAGCCCCCCCGAGGGCAUGUCUGCGGCCAGGCCGCCCCUCGCCACCCUCCUCCUGGUGGCCCUGAAUGUGGGUCUCUACCUGCACCCCCUGGGGUCCCCCGAAAACACCUGCCUCAGCGUGCAGGGGGUCUGGGCGCUCGGCCAGUGGCAGCGCCUCCUGCUGGCCCCCUUCCACCACCUGGGCUGGGGGCACCUGGGGCUGAACAUGGGGGCGCUGCUGUGGCUGGGGGCAGGGCUGGAGGGGAGGGUGGGCAGCGCCCGGGCGGGCUGGAUCCUGGGGGGCAUGACGCUGCUGGGGGGGCUGGUCCAUCUAGGGCUGAACGCGGGGCUGGCGGCCGUCCUGCGAGACCCCCGGCGCCGGGAACACUGUGCCGUGGGCUUCUCAGGGGUCAUCUUCUCUCUGGAAGCCAUGGAGGGUCUCCUAGCGCCCGUCACCAUAGUAACCCUGGGCAGCGUCACCAUAACGACCAGAUGGCUCUGCCUGGCUGAGUGCUGCACCGUGACCCUGCUGUACCCCAGCAGCUCCUUGACAGGCCACCUGUCUGGAAUGCUGGUGGGCGUGGCUCUCGCGGCCACGCCCCUCGGAUUGGCCACGCCCCUCUUCACCUGCUUAUGAUGGGACCACAGCUCUGAUGGCAGAAUCAUCCCCACCCCCCCGCCAGGGGGCGCCCUGCAUCCAAACCCACCGCCCAGCCCGGAGCCGUCGGAGCCGCCAGCCCCACUGCCCCCCGGCCCAGCCCGGCCUCACGGCACCAGUUUGGCUCCAGGCCUGUUUUGUCAACUGGCUCUGGUGCUGUUUGUAGGUAAACACGCCUGGCCCGCG